AAAACUGAUAGAAUGAUCAGUGUGUGGGUUUAGAUAAAACACAUAUCAGCUUCGAUAUAGCUCAGUUAUUUCCGUUUUACUGUUCUUUGGAAUAUUCUUUUUAUGGAGAGCAAUAUACACAUUCUCAUAAUGAACACCAUUGAAGUUAUUAGCGGAAACUAUGCGCACGUGUAAAGCUUGAGGUACUAUUUUUACCGUGUGUUUCUAUCUUACACUCAGGAAAUUUCUCAAGCGUGUCGAUCCUUCUAAGUCAUGAGUGUUUCACGGUUUAUUAACUAAGCGAGGCAAAACCCUGUUGUUUAAUUGUUCACGACUUUCUUGAUUAAGAUUAAUGCUUGGGGUAUUGGUAGAUUAGUCGAUUAUAGUACUUCAGAUAUUAGACCUUUUGUCGUUGCUAAUAAACUACAGCAAACAGUACUGAUGACGUAGGAAGCGGUACGCUGUGACUCCUCUCGACAAAGGCUCAGGAACUACAGUCAGUCACUGCAAUGAAUAACCUGCCGGCCUGCCGCCAAUGUGUCCCUGCCAAGUACUUGUUUUCAAGUGAUUAAUUGAAUUCGGCUUUCUAGAACUGUCAUGCUCGGACAGACAUACCGUAUGGCGGGAAAUUCGGUCAUGUAGAAAACGGAUGUUCUACAUGCAGCGCUGUAUUACAAGAUUGGCCGUUUUCAAUGCAUCCCUGGGGGUCAUGGUACAGAUUCAUUCGACACACAUGCAAAGGCAAAACGCCCUGUGACUGUUAACACACACAGACUCGCUGAAAUAAAUCAUCGACAUAAGAGAACAUACAUGACUAGUUACGCUCCUUUAUUGGCGAUGAUUGGUCGCUGAAGAAUGUUAUCUUCAAGAGUAGGUAUUUAUAAAUAUAUGAGUUCGCUUCUUUCAAGGGCUCUACAUGACAGCAGAGGUCAAGUUUUGAUAAGAAAGCUACCGAGCGGCUAAAUGUUUCUCACAGCUUGCACGCAACCAAAAUAUGCAUUGGCAAGAUUUGAAAUUACAAAGGAAAAACAGAAAACUGUUGGAAAGCUGUUGAACUGCACUGUUGUUCAAUAUUGUUGUUGUAAUUCCAAAGAUGAAGUGAAACGCGGUGAGAAUAGAAUGCUUCUUAGUUAUGUCUUCAUUCAGGCUCACUGAUGUGAAUUUAACACAAGCACAAUUUAGACCAAUCCAGAAGAUAACAUUGCCGAGACCUGUUUUUUUAAAAACGUGACCUUUUGUACCGUUCCGUGUGAGAGAAAACAGCACAAGGAAACGAGAGAAUGUUAUAUGGCAAGCGCAAAACUCACCGUCCUCAGCUGCACGUCAAAAUCUUGUGGUAAAAUCGUAAAGCUGUUUAUCCCGUCGGAAGUUUUCACCAAUGUGAUUUUUGUUAUUUGUAAUAGUUCAUCUAACUUGCCAUUGUGAUUUUAUUUGUUUGCGUUUAGGAAUUUACGAUCUAAGUAUAAAUUGUAAUUGUCGCAGAUUUUUUCGAAAAUUAAAUUUCCUAUCGUAUUUUUUGAUGCGCCUGCUUUUGUCACAAUUUUUUGGCCGCGUUUCCUGUCAGCAUCUUGAGUUCGUUUCAGUAGCGUUCCGCUUUUUGUGACGUGAAAAAACGCAGGCUGCGCCAAAAAGGUUUCUUUUUCUACAUUGCAGAUUACUUAAGUCAUGUUUUAUUUUGUCUCAUUGCAAAAUAUUUAAUCCUUUACAUUCGCAAUUCCAGGGGCGAAGAUCAAGAAAAACUAAGGGAAAAGAAAAAAACUUUAAACGAUUUCUUUAGCAAACGGAAUUGUCACGAAAAAAUUUUGAGGGGAACGUAAGAAGAAACUAUAGAAGAUGUUAUAACUGACAACGAGUAAAGCUGUCUUUGUUUGCUAAGAAUGUUUCAGACCCAAGUGUUUUCGUAAAAGCCUUCUACUAGUAUGAAUCAACAAGGAAGACUUAUUUUUGGCGUUUAUUUAAAGUAUACCCACAAUAUCACAAACUGUAAACGAGCCGGCUUGUAUUGCCAUCAAAACAUAAUAUUUAUAGCAUGUUGUAAUGCUGUACAAGUACAUAACCUGCUGCAAAUUACUUUUGUUAUAUUGAUUAUCACCUGAGUGGAGACUAUCAAAUUUUUGAUUUGUAAAACAAUUUGAACCUUGUACUCAAGUUAAGUUGAGCAAUAUUACUCUGCGUGUAUUUCGCAAGACUAAGGGUACCACUUAAUUGAAUACAUCAAGUCGUUGCCUGCAAACAAGCAUUUCUUUGUGCACUUGGUGUCAAAAAAGCGUAAAACAGGAAAAGUUCCAUUACUCGCGGUUUUUCAUGCUUUCCUCCGCGCUGAUUGAAGUGUAAACACAAACAAGAGCUUAUCAUGUUGUCCAGAAGAAGGCCGUGGGUGGCCUCGCUGUAUUGACAAGUCUGAAAUUUUAGGUCGCAUUUGGGAUAAAAAGACUUUUGAAUAACAAACUCAUCGCACGUCAAACAAAAGCUAGCGUGAUAACUGUCAAGGUCAGCUUGUUAUUCCGAAACUACAAUGUAAAACAAGUUGUGAUUUUUCUCUGUCAAAAGCCACUGGUAGCUGCGCUAUGUAUUUUUCGGCGGGCAUAAUUCGCUUUCGUUUAUUACAUGCUUGGUUACCAGUGAAUAUAGUUUAGAUAACCCAUUUGACCUUACUUUUUUCUUCCAUUCAAUUACGUUGGGUGAUUUUUGUUUGUUAUAGUCAAAAUCCCGACCCUGUCACCGUGUGUCAGUCAUAUGAACUGCUUUCGCGGGAAAAUGUCCUUGGGUGGUAACUUCCGGUGGACUCAGAAGCGCGUUGAGGCAGGAGAAUCCAAGAAAUAAAUAUUUUGAGUGGAAUAUCUGAGUUGAUAAUUGCAUCGCUGUUAAAAGUAAUGCGGGAAGCACUUCGCCCUAAAUCCUUUUUGCACCUAUUGUCUCCAUACACUAAAUCUUCGUGUAAUUACUGGAUCAGUACAAUUUAUUGUUAAUUUCAAACCUCGGCUAUUCUAUCGAACUAGUGCACAUGGAAUGACAAGCAUCUUGUUAAAACCAAAUAGUUAAUAAUAUCAACAUUUAAGAGAGCAGACUUGAAAUCUAGAUGCUAUUUCUCCGAAAGCAUUUGGCUUAUUUUGGUUUGGCUUUUCUUAUCGAUAAAGGUGGUUUCCGGUUGACUGGAGAGAAAAAAUAGGCUAUUCUUUUGAUAGCCAUGGUUUAAUCCUUGGUCUCAAUAACUUGAACAUAACCUGCCGUCUCGCCAGCUGUAGUUUUAAGUAUUUGUUCGCGAACAAAUUGUUUUCGAGGUUAUAAAAGCCGAAUAAAAUGGCUAAUGGUCUCCUGUUUGUCUGCCUUGCGCUUUCCUUGGAGGCAAUUUUUUUAAGGGAAAACUUUCAUCUCUAAACAUUGGCAAAGUAUUAGGAAAUAUUUUCUUGGCAUUAGUCCACAAUAAAGUUGUAAAUUAGGCAUCGAUCAGAAAGUGUGAUUCUUUUGUUUAUGGUCCAUGGCCCAGGGGAGAGUUUUGAAAGCCGUUAAAAAUCAUAAACAAGACAUCGUUCUUUCUACUGAAAACGGAAAACUACAAAAUAAGCCUUGCUAGCUGAACCUGUUCUCAUUAUUCCUGUUAAUCAGGCUCAGCAAUUUUGAAAGCGGAACAAAUACCUUCGAAAAGUGGCCUUUUUACAGUAAAUUUCACGCCUGCAGCUCGCUCGGCAAGGAAUAAUCACGUGUACGCGUGACGUUGUUAUAGCAACGUUAAUUAGCCUCGCUUUUUGAUUGGUACAGAUUUUUGUUAAUAUAUUCACAUGAAUUUCGCAGGAGAAUUGAAAUUUGCUUUCCGCGUACGCCCCGUUCUUUUCUUCAGCCGCAGAAAUUCGGGCUAGUUGCCGUUGGAAGACCUCCAGAGGAAUCCUCCAGGCACUUAAACUGCAGAACUGCAGUCUCCCAGAAUUUCAUAAGAAUGGCUGUUCAAGUCGGAUCCUUGUGCAAACCAUUUGCGCUGGAAAACGACCCGGACGCGACAUACUUCUUUCACUCAGAAAAAGACGAGAACGAAAGUGAAGGAUACAGUACACCAGUCCCAACUCAUGAUAUAUGGAAAAAGUUUGAACUUCUUCCAACACCUCCCCGCUCUCCCUCUCGAUCGCCUCCACAUUCGCCGGUCGACUUCGAUUCAUUCGAAGGUAGCUACUGCUCAGUUGCUGAUACCCUACAAAUUGUGACCGAGAAACUAGACGAGGAUAGCUGUUCGCCUGCACCCCUGGCCACUGUGGAAUUCUCUCUGUGCAGUUUGAAGUCGAAACUCAUUCAAGAUUGUAUGUGGAACGGUUCAAACGGUAUUCGUUCAAACUACGAAAGUACGCUGGAUAUUAAAGUCCUUGUGAACACUGAUGAUAUUUACGAGACUCCUUGUUCAACUCCGCCGCCAGUUGAAUAUGUAAGCUCCGAUUGUGUGGAUCCAGCAACAGUAUUUCCCUACCCUAUAAACGAAUCACAUCAAAACUUAUGUGGAUCUCAUACUUCAAGCGAUUCAGAAGAAGAAAUCGACGUUGUCACUAUCGAGAAACCCAAGCGAAAGCGUUUGCCGCAAGUUACUGAUGAACCGCCGGCAAAACGUUUUAAACCGGUGGCGAUGAAACCGAAAGCGGCUGUGUCGGCUACAAGUCCAACAAAAGAAAGCAGAAAAGAUUUUAAACGACAAAAUAGCUCAACUUCAGACGAAGAGGGAGACGUGAGUAAAAGAGCUACUCAUAAUGUACUUGAACGGAAACGAAGGAAUGAUCUGAAGACAAGCUUUCACAUUCUCCGAGAGGAGGUUCCAGAAAUAAAAGACAAUGAACGAGCUCCCAAGGUUACAAUCCUGAGAAAAGCGAAGGAUUGCGUCGAUAGACUGAAAAAGGACGAAAUUCGAUUGCUUGCAGAACUUGACAAAGAACGCAGGAAAAACCAAGAACUAUUAGACCGAUUUUAUGCGCUUGGACAAAAGCGAAAAUAACUUAUUGUUUACUCUGCGCUAUUUUCAUUCGCCUUUUACUAACUUUACUAAGACUGUAUAUAACCUAUAGCUAUAAGUAUAUAUAUAAAUAGCAAAGAAUAUGUUUUUGCAAAGAAAGCGUAGGUUAGUCGCUGUUUAGAAAUUUCGGACCAAUAUUGGUUUAAAUUACUUGUCUGAUCGCAAAUGUGUAUCUUAUACCGCUUGUAGCGCUUCCGCACCGUAGAAACGAAUAAUCAUUCACACUGAAGGUGAGAAAUUUUUGCGUUGUCUCAACGCCAAAUUACUUCCGAUUCGAAAACGGUGAAAGAAAGAAGGAUUUUUCUUCUUCGAAAGUAACUGUUUUCCAUUGAGAUCAUAGCUUUGCUGUUGAUAAGUGCUAUUUUUGACCGUGAUAUUUUCAAUCAAUGGAUAUAAUUUGCAUAAAUUGCGUCAACGCGCGGGAAAAACGCGGAUAGAUUUCCAUAAAUUAACGUCAUUGUAGAGCUAGAUAAGGUUUCAAAGUCCUCAUGGACAGUAGUUGCUUGAUCAGAGACAAAAGGAAUGUUAGCUAUGUUAUGCUUUGUUAAGUUUCAAACAGAAUAGUCUUGAUACCCAUUUUUACUGUGUAAAACACUGGUUGGCCGUUUUCGGCUUUGGUGAAAUUUGGAAAGUUUAAACUCCGUUGAAAGUUUAGUAAUUUGAGCCACAACGUUUUGAAAAUAUGAUUAGAGUGUUGUUUGUAUUUAGUGGAAAACCCUGUUACGAUGAAUGCUUCUCACCAAUCGUUCCUCUUAUGAGUAGUAAAUCUUAUGAUUUAUAUUUAAUGUUAACGUUUAAGGGUGACUUUGUAUUUCGCAAGGGUAGGCUUGUAUCACUGUACUGAGAGUUGAACUCUCAGUCUUUCUAGGAAAAUGCUGUGUAAACACUCGUUUGCUUUGCAAGCAAACAGAUAUUAAAGAUCACAACUUAGGAUUGUCUAAACCCGCUUUGUAAACUCGCCGAAAUUCCGGAGACGCCUUGAGAUGGCUGUUUCCAAAAUGAAUGAACGGUUUCUUGGCGUCUUAUAACUAUAUGAUUAUGAUAAAUUGUUGGAUGCAAGUCAACUUAAACUUAAACAUUAAAAACAAAAAAUUGGUCA